GAUUCAAAAGUAUUAAAUUUUGAUACACUCAAUUAAAAAACAAAUAAGAAAAUUAUUAAUUAAAUAAGCUUAACUCUGAAAGUAAUAAGUAGCAAAAAGAGGGCACCUAAUUUUUAAUUAAUUAAAGGGAAUUAAGCAAAGUAAAAAUCGAUGAAAUCGUCUCAAUAAUACUUUAACCUAUCAGACAAUAGCGAUAAUGAAAGAUAUUCAAAGAAAAGAAACAAAAGUGGACAUUAACAAGAUUAAAAGGCUUCUAAAUAAGGAAAAGGCGAAAGAAAAAGUUAUUAAAGCUUUAACUAAUUUCAAUAGUUGAUGGAAUCACCUAAUGCUUAUUUGGCAUUAUCAGACAGCAGUGGCGAUGAGAGAUCUUCUUCUAAAAGAAUGGCAAGCAGGUACAAAAAAAUAAGUAAACAAAGCAGUAAAGGAACAAAGGAAUAAUAUGAAAAAUAGAAAUCUUAAAAUCAUCAUAAUCAUCAUAACCAUCACACUCACCAUAAAGAUAUUCAAGAAAGCCAUGAUCAUAAAUCUCACUAAAAGAAAUAAGAUCAUCAACAUUAGCAUUAACACCAACACCAUAGCCAUAGGAAAAGCAGUAAUGAUGGAAAAGCAGAAUAAAUAGUCAAUAUCAUCAGCAAUUUAGAAAAUUAAGUGAAAACUCAAUAGGAAACAUUUAAAGAAUCAAGCAUUUAAUAUAGCAGUAAUCAUUAAAUUUAAAAAUCUCCAUCAGAUAGUACUUCUACAAAUAUAGAUGAUGUAUCUGAAUAGCCACAGAAGAUAAAUUAUACUCUGCACUUAAAUGCCUUUAACAGUGUGCUCACUCCAGAAGAAAUGAAAAACUUGACAUUUGAGGAUUCGAGACAUUAUAAAGUUAUUGGCGAUACUCGUAUUUUUUAUACUCGCUCUGGAAACUUGUCAUAAAAGAUAAAGGAGAUCCACAACACUAAGGAAGAAUAAGAAAGGUUAGCAUUUUUGGAGGAGAAGAGAAAAUAGCAAGAGCUCUUGAAAAAUAUCUCUGAAAACAAAAGCUCUGAGACAAACAAAGAAGAAAAAAUGGAUGAUGAGCAAGAAGAGAAUUUCAGAGAUUUAUUUGAAUACGAUAAGAACAAUAGGUACUUUUAGCAGGAAUAGAAACCUUAAAUGACAUGCAGAAGAUGCAAAUAAUAGGGUCAUUUUGAGAGAAUGUGUAUGCUUGAAGUUAAGGAUGUAUGCAAUAAUUGUUUGGGUGAUCACUUUGCUCGUCAAUGCCAGCAAAAAAUAUGUUACAGUUGCAGUUAGUUUGGUCAUGCCAGUGCAAAUUGUCCAAAAUAAAACUAAUAAAAGUGUUCUAGAUGUCAAAAACCAGGGCAUAUUAAAGCUGACUGUGGUGCUAUCUUUAUGAAUAGCUACUCGAAGUAUAAAUAAAACACACCUUUUAAUGGAAUAGAAGAGGAAUGGAAAAAGACUGAUGACCAAAAAAUAAAAUGCAUGGUUUGUCACAAAAAAGGGCAUUCAAACUGCAAAAACGACUAUUAAAAGAUAAAAGAUGAUAUUUAUGGAACAAAGUUUUAAGAAAGAAUAUAAAAACUCAGGAGAAAAGAAGAAGAAGCUAAAUUUUAAGGAAAAAUAAUUAAUUUCCAUUACUCUGAUGAAUCUGAAGAUUCUUAUGAUUCUCAUUUGGCUCCACCUAGUCCAGCUUUAAGCUCUUAAUCUUAAGAAGAAAGAAAUGAAAAAAAAAGAAACAGUAAAAAGAAAUAGAAAAGAUAGCAAGAUAGUCAUCAUCAUAAUAGUCACAGUCAUCAUAGUCAUAGCAGCCAUAGCCAUAGUAAACAUCAUGGUCAUCACCACAGUUAGAAUGGUUCUCACCACAGUUAGCAUAGUUCUCAUCGCCAUCACCACAGCCAUCAUGAUGAAAACCACCAUCAUCAUCACCGUGAUUCACACCACCAUCAUAAAUCUGAUAAAUAUAGCAGAUAUUAUGAAGAUAUUUAAAUUCAUGUAGAUGACGAUAAACAUUACAAGUUAAAAAAACAAAUAAGGAAAGAAUCUAAAAAAUAUAAAUGA